AUGGUAGUUGGACUGCCACUCGACUCAUCGGAAUACCCUAGUGGCAACAGCGUUUCAACGUGGCCGCGGGUUGAUAUGGCGAUAGAGAAGGAAGUUUGUCGGGCUUGCUCCCAACAAGAUGAACCGCCAUUAUUAAAGCGACGCCAACGACUACUCAUAUCGACAGAAAGCGCCUUCGCCGACACAUUACUCCCCACUCUCGUCAAAAACCCUUACCUCGAACUACGUUUGAUUACAGACGAACCCUCGGCUUUGCUGGCAGGCACGAAUAAAAUCCCGCAUUACAUGGACACGGUGGAUAGUCAAACAUUUGAUAAGAAAACAAGCGCACGGAAAUGGCUCAAAGCAAAGACAGCCGAGCUCUGUGAAUGGGCGGAUAUGCUGUUGGUUGCUCCCAUUGACGCUGGCUCCCUGGGCUCCAUGUUGGCUGGUUUGACAAACACCUUGACGUUGGCACUGCUGCGCGGCUGGGUGUCGUCUAAACCCGUCACCCUUAUCCCCGGAAUGACAGUAUCGGAAUGGGGUCACCCACUGAGUACCAGACAACUUAAGGAGAUCGAAACUUUUUGGCCAUGCAUUCAAAUUGUGAAACCACUGCUCUGGAAGUCGAAUGGUCCUGAAGACUUGACACUAUUGCCAUGGGACGGGUUGGCAGAGUUGCACAACAGACUCGAAAAUUCAUUACAAAUACCAUCAUGGGAUGCUUCUUCAGCGGAUACGAGCUGUAUUCAGGUCAAUGAAAUGGCCGGCUUGUCAUCAAAUCCGAAUCUUUCUUCUGUGAAGGCUUCUAACAGCAACGUGGUCCAGAGAAACCGAUCGAAAUCAGAGCUUCAUUCACGGUGUCUGCCGCUUGAGUUAUGGCUCAAUGUAUUCGAAGACCAUUUAAAGGACUGGGAAAUUGCAAAAGCCGUCGGCAUACCCGCUAAUAUCCCCGUUCCGAAAGAGUGGCAGAUCCAUUCACUCAAAAUGUCUACCCCCGCCUCCUUGGAAUAUACUAUUCUCCGCGGCUCGUUCGCCGCCAUCAAGAAACGGAUUGACGCACUACCCAGGUGGAAACCGUUAUCUGAUCUCGCAUGCCAUCUAAUUGUCAAAUUUUCUCGAACCGACAUCCUCUCAUAUCUCACCGAAAAUCAUCUCGAUCUACUCUGGACGACAUCUCGUCUCACAAAUAUUCCCUAUCGCGCAUCUGCCAUCUACGGUAACCCCACAAUAUUGACAUGGUGGCGCGAUGCCCCAGCUCUACCGAAUAAAGAGUAUAUGGCUGACGCAAUGGACGGGGCAUCCAGAGCUGGAUUUAUAAAUGUUCUUAAUUGGUGGCGACAAUCUGGCCUUGAACUCCGGUACACUGAGCGUGCUCUUGAAUCUGCCAGUGCCGAGGGACGUGUCGAUGUUCUGGACUGGUGGCGAGAAGCAUCGGCCAAAUCCCCAAAGACACUGCCAAUGAAAGUGGGCAAAUCAGUUCUCCUGGCCGCCCAGUCGGGUCGAAUCGCAUCACUAGCCUGGUGGGAUUCAUCUGGCAUUGCAUACAGCAACGCAGAGAAUAUUGUCCGGAUAGCCAGUACGCAUGGUCACGUACAUGUGCUUGACUUCUGGCACCGACUGAAAGGCCCGAAGAUGAUCUUCGACAAUCAGGUUCUGGUCGGUCCGACUAAGAACGGACACGAUAAUGUUUUGCAGUGGUGGAAAGACUGCGGGUUACGUGUUGAAUUCAAGACCUGCGACAUUGAAGAAGCACUCGAAGAUGCAGUCUCAGGUUCUGACGAACGUGUCCGCGACUGGUGGGAGCGUAACGGUCUUAAUCUGGGCGUUGGAACCAGAGAGUGGAUGAAGCCGAAAGUGCUUUGA